ACAGGUGGCCAUCAUGAAUCAGCGAGAGCAGAUGGAUCAGAGGGGGCAGUGGAGGAUCACAGUGUGGGAGGAGGAGAAUUUCCAAGGCAAGCGCUGUGAGUUCACGUUGGAGUGCCCGAAUAUUCUGGACAGGGAUUUCCAAAAGAUCCGCUCAAUCAAGGUGGACAACGGCCCCUGGGUGGGUUAUGAGUACCCAGAGUUUCAGGGUCAGCAGUUCAUCCUGGAGAAGGGAGAUUAUCCCUGCUACCAGGCCUGGAGUGGAAACAGCAGCUACCGCACUGAGCACCUGCUUUCCUUCAGACCGAUCAAAUGCGCUAACCACAGUGACAGUAAAAUUACCCUGUACGAGUGUCAGGACAUGACGGGACGCAAGUUUGAGAUAUGUGAUGACUACCCCUCUCUUCAAGCCAUGGGCUGGUGCAGUAAGGAGGUUCCUUCUAUCAAAGUCAACUCUGGAGCGUGGGUGGGCUACCAGUUUCCAGGUUACCGUGGAUACCAGUAUAUUUUUGAGAGAGAGAGACGUCAAGGUGAAUACAGGAACUAUAAUGAGUUCGGCACCCAGGCUCACAGCAAUCAGAUCCAAUCAAUCCGACGAAUUCAGCACUAAGCUCGCCUCCUCCCUUUCCCUAUUGGCUACUAAGUAUCAAGUGACAGCAUUAUAUUACAUGAGACAAAGUGGGCAAUAAACGCUUUUUCAAAUAGUGUGCUUGUCGUCAUUCCUUUGAUUUAGCAAACCAGGAAAUUUAACGUUUGCUCAUUAAAGACUGGAGAUUUUAAUUUUAGCACAAUUAAAGAUGAGAUAAGUUUGAAAUCAUGCUGCGCUGCGCAUACCGCUCGGUGUAUGACAUCAAAGUAACGCGAGAGCGCUUCGAAAACAGUUUCGAGCGAAACUUUGAUGUCAUGAUCCGAUCGGUCUGCGCAGGGCUUAAAGAAAACGAACAAACCGAUUGACGCCGGAAGUUAGCGGGACAUGAGUUAAUUCGCAGUAAAGCCCAUUCAUUUCCCAUAGACGUUUGGAUUAUCGCAAAAAAUAAGCUCUGUGUUUAACAAAAGUUUAUGACACUUAUGCGUUUUGUCCAACAAGUUAGUCUUCACAUAUGAACUCAACUUUUAUUCACUUUUAAGUAA